UCCGGAUGAGGCUGAGAAAAAACAAAGGCGCAGACAGGGAUGUCCGGCCACUCAUGCGCUGCUCGGUUCCGUGUUCGAGCCACCUUACAUUGUCCAUGACUUAUCGUGCUUGCUUAUGUAUUAUGUACACACAUCCUAGCUGCUACCACGUAACGUGCAUCUGGGCUACAAUCAACCAGUCCCUAUAAUCGCAACACCAGCCCCCCGCUGCUCUCGCAAUCAAUCAUGGCCGACCAACUACUCGAUCAGGUGCGCGAUGCGGUAGAAGGCCAGAUCGACUUUGAGGGACAAAAGCUGGCCGAGCUCAUCACCACCGUUCUGCUCGGAGGAGUCGGUAUCUUGGCCUUCAUCGUUGGCUUCAUGACCCAAGACAUCAAGUUAUCGCUCUACAUCGGCCUCGCCGGCACCGCCCUGACGUUUCUUGCCGUUGUUCCGCCCUGGCCCUUUUACAACAAGAAUCCCGAAGGAUGGCUGCCCCCUCACAAAGGUGCGUCGACCGUCCAGAUCAACGUAGACGGUCAGAAGGUGGGUUAG